AUGCAGCCACCAUAUUCUCUCUCCAUCUUCCAGCUCACCUACUGCCACUCUAUCGCGUUUUUCAACCGCAUCUCGCGCAAUGUUCCAGACUGGGCGGUUCGCAUCAAGCCACGAGAGUCACGGUGGCGAGGAACCAGUGCGAUAUUAGCUGAGAAGCUGAGAGUGUUCAAGCUGUACGAGGACAGAUGUGUUAUGAGCUUUCCGCUGAUUGUCAGCGAUGGUAACCUUCUUCUUGCUUACGAGUUCUGCGUGCUAUUGACGUGGACUGUACCAGAGUCUGCAGAUGUGUUUUAUACGUUCAAACACAUCUGCCAAUGGACAUGGGCACUCCUCAUUCUUCGGCAGGCACUAGUGGCUAGGCCCACACUGUGCCGGCUUUUCGUGACAUCAGGAAACGCUUCUUACGAGUGCAUUACCUCAAGAUUUGGUCAAGACCAGUCGAAAGCUAAUCCGCAUAUUGUGGUUGGAUCAAAACCCUCCUUCCCGAAGAUGGAUCUCAAGACUACCCUGGCAUUUUUUGCCAGAGCUAUUGUGACCGGAUCGCGGAUUGGAGGAUAUGAUGGGACAGGAUGGGACGCGAUUGGGAAUGUAGAAAGAACGGGUGAAAUCAAAACAGUAUAAACAAAUCGUGUGCCGCG